AUGUCAGAGCGGACUCCUCUCCUCCACUACCGCCUCUCCACCAGCGUCAAUGAGUCCGAGACGCGGUCGCCUCCGCCCGGGCAGGUCCUGGUGGAGCACCCGGGCAGCCCCCGGCAGAGGUCCAGCCAGCAGCGACAGCCACAGAAACUCUCCAUCUUCGUCGGUGUGGUGAUCCCCACCUUGCUGUCCAUGUUCAGCGUGGUGGUGUUUCUCAGAAUAGGAUUCAUGGUGGGCCAGUCCGGACUGUACCAAUCUAUCGCCAUGCUCCUGGUGGCCUACAUCAUCAUCUGCAUGACCGUGCUGUCAGUGUGUGCCAUCUCCACCAACGGAGCCCUGGAUGCUGGCGGGGCAUAUUACAUGAUCAGCAGAGCGUUGGGCCCAGAGUUCGGUGGCAGUAUCGGCAUCAUGUUCUUCUUCGCCAAUGUGUGCAGCAGUGCUUUCUUCGUGCUCGGUCUGGUUGAAGCCAUUGUGGCCACCUUCGGAGUGCCAGAAGACGGGUCUCUGGCCACUUCUGCCUACCAGAUCCUGCCUUCGGGCUACUGGUGGUCUCUGCUUUACGCCACAGGCAUCCUCCUGCUGUGCCUGCUGGUGUGCCUGGUGGGAGCCUCCAUCUACGCCAAGGCCACCUUACUCAUCUUCAUUGUGGUCAUGUUUGUCCUGGGCACCAUCUUCAUCAGCUUCUUUGCCGUACACCCUCGCACCAUAGUCCUGCCCAGUUCCGCCGCAUUUAACCCGGCAGCCAACAGAACGGGCCCCCCGUUUCCCACUACGGCCAACUUCACCGGCUUCAAGUUGGACACGCUGCUCGGGAACCUGUGGGCCGACUACACUGUGGAUUACACGACAGGGAAUAUGAUGACAUUUGCCACAGUUUUCGCUGUUAUAUUUAACGGCUGCACCGGCAUCAUGGCCGGUUCCAAUAUGUCAGGUGACCUGAAGAAUCCCAGCUACUCCAUCCCCCGCGGCACCAUCACGGCCGUCAUCUUCACCUUCAUCAUCUACAACCUGCUCAGCGUGCUGGUGGCCUGCUCCUGCGACCGCGUCCUGCUUCAGAGGGAUUACAGCUACCUGAGAGACAUCAACAUCUGGAACCCCUUCGUCACCAUCGGGGUUUAUUCCUCCACUCUCUCCGCUGCUAUGAGCAACCUCAUCGGAGCCUCGCGCAUCCUCUACGCCCUGGCCAGGGACGACCUGUUUGGUAAGGCGCUAUCUCCGGCUAAGAAGACGUCCCACAGUGGGAACCCCUGGGUCUCGGUGCUCAUCUCCUGGAUCCUUGUGCAGCUGGUGCUGUUUUCAGGGAAGCUCAACACCAUCGCCAGUAUUGUGACCAUCUUCUUCCUGUUGGUGUAUGCGGCUGUGGACUUGGCCUGCCUCGCUCUGGAAUGGGCCUCUGCACCUAAUUUCAGGCCAACCUUUCGCUACUUCACCUGGCAUACGUGCGUGUUGGGCAUCGUGGGUUGCGCCGUCAUGAUGUUCCUGAUCAACGCCAUCUACGCCUUUGCCAGCAUCGCCUUCAUGCUGCUGCUGCUUCUGCUGAUUCACUACCUCAGUCCCACCUCCAGCUGGGGCUACAUCAGCCAGGCGCUCAUUUUCCACCAGGUGCGCAAGUACCUGCUGAUGCUGGACGUGAGGAAGGACCACGUCAAGUUCUGGAGGCCUCAGGUCCUGUUGAUGGUUUCCAACCCGCGCAGCAGUGUAGGCCUCAUCACAUUCAUCAACGACAUCAAGAAGAGCGGCCUGUACGUGUUGGGACACGUCCAGCUUGGAGAUCUCAGCACUUUACCGUCUGACCCUCUGCAGUCCCAGUAUGACUCCUGGUUGUCCCUGGUGGACCAUCUAAACAUCAAAUCUUUCGUCAACCUGACAUUGGCCAAUUCCGUGCGUCACGGGAUCCAACAUCUCCUCUUCAUCUCUGGACUAGGCGGGAUGCGUCCUAACACUCUCGUCCUCGGUUUCUACGAUGACUGUCUUCCAAAGGACAAGCUGAUCGACCCGUCGCUCUCCACCUGUCAGUCCACAGAUCCCUCCGGCUCCUUGGAGGAGCUGGAGCAACAAGAGGCUCUCUUCCACUUUGCCCCCAUGCGAGGAUCCAGCGACAGGAAGGAUGAUGGCGAGUUUGGGGACGGGAAGGUUCUGGGACCCCAGGAGUACGUAGCGAUCAUCGCCGACGCCAUGAAGAUGCUAAAGAACGUGGUGCUCGCCCGAUACUUCAACAACUUUGACCGAGCCCAGGUCCUCUCGCCGCCCUCUUCCUCUCCAGGGAAGGGGGCCGUGUACGUCGACGUCUGGCCGGUCAACCUCCUGCGUCCGGACAGCUGCAGCUACGUCGAUACCUGCUCUCUGUUCCUGCUACAGCUGGCGUGCAUCCUCAACAUGGUGAGGGCCUGGCGCAAGGCUACGCUCCGUCUCUUCCUGUGCGUGGAGGAAGGGCGGAGCGUGAGAGGCCCGGAGGAGAAGCUGGGCCAGCUGCUGAAAGAGCUGAGAAUCAAAGCUCAGGUCUACACGGUGCCCUGGGACCAGCAGGUGGCGCUACACUGGCAGCGCCAAGGCAAGUGGGGCAAGAAAUCCCCGAAUGGUGUCAACGAAGAGAAGAAGCAGAGGGCAGACGAGGAAGAGGAGAACGACGACGACUACGUUAACAGCUUCCCGAGUAACGCCACGCGCCUGUCGGACGACUACCUGUCUGCCGUCAACAAGCUGAUCCUGGACCCGGCCCGGCCCGCCCCCGCCGUGCGUUUCCUGUACUUGCCCAGCCCCCCAGCUGACACCAGCCGCUACACCACCUACUUAAACCAGCUGGAGCUGCUGACUCGGGACCUGGGCCCCACGCUGCUCAUCCACGGAGUCACGCCCGUCAUCACCACUGACCUUUGAACUAUCCCCCCAUUGAUCAUUCCUAACUGGAUGCAAUACGAAUGAGUGAACAGCAGAUUGUUUCAGUUUUUUUUUUUUCCCCCAACGAAGCUCCGUGCGUCAGCGGACAGGCAAAGCGACGUGUUGCUUGUUUGAAAAGCUGCUCGUCCUGGCACGAUUUAUGCAAAGUUUCGCACACCUCCAGCUUAUUUUCACUGGUCAAAAUCGACGCUGACAGUAACUGACAGUUGAUCAAUAUCACUCUCUCUAUGUAAUAGAGAGUGACAUUGCUCGUAGUAUAGUUCUCUCGGUCGCUGUGUGUUAGGAAGAGGUGAUGCUGAGGGCUGGGGAGUCCAGCAGAAGGUUCACUUUUAGGACCACUUUUAGUACAGCAUCACUGUAGACCUCAGCAGUGCCCUGACACUGAGACUGGGGACAAGAAAACAGCCCUUGAAAUUUGACCCAGCUAGUGAUGUCACUGCUGACUCAUCGAUACCACCUGCACUGCCUCGCACAAUAGAGCUCCAGCCUAUUGAAAAUGAAUACCAGAUAUUAUACUUGGCCACUUAGGGAUCACAAAAAUC